UUCUCCACUCCGAAUCAAGCCAAGAACAAGAGCCUUCGUCGCCUGCCGCGAAACACCAGACUGGCUUCCUGGUCCGCGAGAGAUGGCACCCGCUGGGCCGGCGACCUAACGCUUUACUCAUCUGGGCGCUGCUCCUGCGGAGAGGAGAGACGCGCGGAGAACCGUUGGCUGCACUCACUUCUUGCCUUUCCUCGUCACUUUUCUCUCUCCUUUUCUCUCUGACAAGCAGACGCGUAUCGCUUGUCACUGACGACGCCUCCUGUAGCGCAGUCGCUCGAAGAACAAGCCGAGCUCACUCGCCAGCUGGGUCGCGAGAGCGCCGACGCUGCGGGACAGUUCGCGCACGAUCUCCGGUUUAACCUCGUGCUUUUUUAGAAAAAAGACGCGAGUGAGUUCGAGUCGCUGUUUCUUUCCUUCCUGACGAUCUCGUUCCUCGCUGGCCAGAUGCGUAGAUCUCUACUACGAAGUUGACCGCUGCUGCCGUGUCUCUCUCCGUGAACCCGGACGUCUCCGUCUUCCUCUUCGGGUCGACGGGCCAACCGAGAUCCUGCUUUCCUCGUUUUUUAUCUUUUUGUCCAGUUCCCUUUUCCUCACUGGAGCGGCGCUCGUUCUUCCUUCCUGUAUGCAUGCUUUUCGGACUCUUCCGACGCGGCUCUUCUCCCUCCUCCAGUUCCAGCCUCCUCCCUCUCGACUCUCCAGCGCGAGUCUUCUGGCUUCCUCGCCGUCUGUCGCCUUUUGCUAUCCUCUCCCUCGAGGCAGGAAACCCCACAGCCAGGACCGCUGCUGGAGGCCAUGCUUCUCUUUUCAACGAUGAAUAAAUCUCUCAUCCGUCCCCUUGCCACUCAAACGAAACUCUGUCAACUUCUGCUUACGUAUUCACACUUACAUACAUAUUUUUUCACCGAUUUAUGUACAUCUAGCGACACAAGAAAGUGAUUUUAUAUGCGUAUAUAUACAUUUGUAUUUAUUCUUGUCUAUAUAUAUAUAUAUAUUUAUAUAUAUACUUAUAUGUAUAUACGUAUGUAUAUGUGUACGUGCUUGUGUGUAUCCGUUCAUAUAUAUACAUGCUUAUAUCUAGGCUUUAUGCAGCAAGAGUGUAGUCACAUUUGCAGUUAUGUCACUGUAUGUGCAGUUGAAAAGGGUCUUCGAAGUCGUUUGUUGAUUUGUUUGCGUUGGCAGGUUUGCCUGUUUGCGCAUGUGGAGAUGUGAGUUUUUUCCGCAAGGAGGCGUUUCGGUGCUCGAAAGAGCGCAGAUGUUUCGUUGUUUCCGCGGAGUGACCGCGCGAAGGUCCUCUUCGUCGGGGCGCCCUGCAUGCGCCGUUCGUUCUUCGUUUCGCAAGUCUGUUAUCUGUUGAAUGAGAAAGGUCCUCUUCUUGCACCAGUCCGUCCAUCUUGCGCUCCUCUCGGAGUUCGCGAGUCUCCCGCGCCACCAUAGAGCCUCUACGCGGCCUUGUUUCUCUUUUCCGUUUCGCGUUUUGGCGGCUCUUCUUCCUCCCCUGCAUUCAAGAUGGUGAUGGGCCGCGUUCGCGCGACCUCGUACGUGAGACGGACGCUGUCGCAGCCUGUUCACAAGCCGCGAGUCUCCUCGGUGAUUCUCCCGCACCCCCCGCAAGCGUCCGUGGGCAGUGCAGGCCCCGGAGGGACUGGCAGCCGAGGCAUUUCCGUUCAACUCGACGACGCCGUCUGUCACUUGACGACCGGGGCAGGCGCCCCGAGCCGCCAACUUCACCUGGGAUUGCUUUCAGAAGGAUGGAAUUCCUUGGGCGGCGGAGAGGGACGUGGAUCGUUUCUUCCUUCUUCCGCCGACUCUCGGGUCAUCGACGAAGAGGCAGAGGACCCAAAUGAAGAGUACCGCUUCACUCUGAAGGAAGAUCUGCAGCGCAUUUGGUCCAUGCUCGCCUGCAGGCUGAAUGUGCUCCUCUUCUUCGUCCCGCUGUCGUUCUGGAGCGUCGUCGGCAGUGGAUCGCCCCUGUUUGUUUUCAUCUGCAACUUCUUGGCUCUCAUUCCCCUCGCGUCGCUCCUUGGAAAUGCCACAGAAGAACUCGCACUCCACACUGGAGAAAUCAUUGGAGGCCUGUUGAACGCGACCUUCGGCAACGCAGUGGAAAUGAUCAUGUCUGUGCAAGCCUUGCGAGUGGGCCUCCUGUCAGUCGUUCAAGGAACGAUGCUGGGAAGUAUUCUCUCCAAUUUGCUUCUCGUGCUGGGCAUGUCGUUUUUCGCCGGUGGGAUUCGCUACCACGUUCAAAAGUUCAACGAAAAAGGGGCAACAUGCAGCGUCACCCUCCUCCUUCUCUCUUGCAUGAGUAUCGUCAUCCCCACGGUUGCUGCGUCAGGGAACGACCACGCAAAUCCCACCUACGAUAUCAUCAAAAUAAGCCGAACGAUCGCGGUGUUGAUUGGGGUGACGUACUGCCUCUUUCUCUUCUUUCAGCUGUACACACACCUGAAUCUUUUCCGAGACGACGAAGAGGGUGAAGAAGGGUGGCCGUCGAUGUCUUGGGAGGCUGCCACUGUGAUGCUGUUUAUCGUCACGCUGCUCAUCGCCGUUCACUCCGAAUAUCUUGUCGGAUCGAUUCACGACGUCGUCACGAACUACGGGCUUCCAGAGAGUUUCAUCGGCGUGAUCCUGCUGCCCAUUGUCGGAAACGCGGCCGAACACUUGACUGCAGUAACCGUAGCGAUGAAAAACAAAGUGGAUCUGGCGAUGGGUGUGGCUGUCGGGUCCUCUGCUCAGAUUGCCCUCUUUGUCUUCCCGUUCACCGUCUGUGCCGGCUGGGUGCUCGACCAGCCGCUAACUUUGGCAGUUCAGCCCAUGAACGCUCUCGUCCUCUUGAUGGCUGUCCUCGUCGCCAUGGCCAUCGUUCAAGACGGAGAAAGCAAUUGGCUAGAAGGGGUGAUGCUGAUGGCCGCCUACCUGAUGAUUGCAAUUGUUUUCUGGUAUACUGACCCCAACUCGAGUAGCGGUCACUCGGGGCCUUCGGUGGGAAAGGACACUGGAGUGCCCGGGGCUUGAACGCUUGACUGUGCUGCUCUCGCGCAGACUUGCGUUUUUCCGCUCUCUUGUUUCUCCGGUCUCCUUCGUGGCUUGACACGCCGUGAGGCAAGAGAGCGCCAAGUGCCUGCGUGGGUUGCUUUCAAUUUCAGAAAGCUUUGGUUUCAGAGAAGCUGUAGGAUCAGAGUUGCGGGGAGACGGAGCCUUAGUUCGGGGCUGCGUCUUUUCCAUCUUCGGCGUAUGCACAGAGUCGCAAGCUUAGAUUGCGCUUGUUGUGCUUCUGUCAAGCACCUCGGCGGCACUGGCAUUUCGAGUCAACUGGGAAGGAAUCUCGUUCUAGGCAUUCUCUUCUGCUCGUUGUGCCCCCUGCUUCGCGUGGUGCCAAGAGCCUCUCGCUGGAGUUCCAGGUACAGAUGUACAGUUGUUGACCAUUGAUCUACCGUACUUUGUCCGACGGAUGUGGCGUUUCUUUGUGGCAAGGUGCCGGGGCUUUGGAGUCGAUUUACGCGCGUGCGUCGCUCUCAGAGUCUGCCCGUCUGCCCUGCUGUUGUUUGCGCCCUCGCCGCUGAGAUCGAGAAGCGGCAGGAGUUUCGUCUACGUUUCUGACAGUUCCUCCUCAAUUUAGCCUCUCCGCGUGUGGCCUCUCUCCAGUUCUCUCUGCGCAUGUGUGGGCCUUCGUUUCCUGAGGGGUUCCAAUGGCCCUUCAAAGACACAAACAGUUGACUAUCUUCGUCCCGUGCAUGCGUAGCCACAGAUGCUUCCGCAGUUUUCUCUUUUUUUCCGGGCACCCACGUGAGAGGGAAGCUCUGCAGUUUCGGCUCGGGUCUUCUUCCUUGUCGAAAAGGUUCACUUGCGAUGUUUCCGCUUGCGCCUGUGCCGCUCCGACAGCGGCAGAGAAACUCUGGAGCUGGGCGCGUUUCUACUUCGCUUUCGCCCUUCGCGUGAGCAUGUCUGGU